UGUUGGUGCCUGCUUCCUCAAUGGCUGCUCCAGACUCCUCAAUGCUGGGAAAACAGCUCACUUGUUCGAUCUGUUUAGAUUUCUUCAAAUCUCCUGUAACAUUAACCUCUUGUGGACAUAACUUUUGUAAAGGAUGCCUCGAACACUUCUGGGAGAUGAUUCACAUCCACAGUUGCCCACAAUGCAAGGAAAUAUUUGAUUCAGACCUGCCUCCCCAGGAGAAUGCCGCUUUGAAUGGACUGGUGGAAAAAUGGAAAGACGGGAUGAUUGAACCUCAAGAGCUUGAAGGCAAAGUUGGACAAGAGACUGAGGUUCUGGAACAAAGCUGUCAAUCUGAAGCAAGGGCUAAAUUGGAAACAAGUAAGGAAUGUGAGCAAGAGCUAACUUGUAAACCACUAGACACUGAGACUGAGUGUAAGGCAAUUGAAAAUGAACAAAGUGAUGAGAUUGUCACUGAUCUCGAUGAAGUGGCCUGCGACUCCUGCAUUGAUAAAAAGUUAAAAGCUGUAAAGUCCUGCCUGACUUGCAUGGUGUCCUACUGUGAAAUUCACCUGAGGCCUCACCUUGAAAAUUCAGCCUUUAAAAAUCAUAAACUGAUUCACCCAAUGAAAAACAUCGAACAGGGAAAAUGCUGUGUGCAUGAGCAGUAUCUAGAUUUUUUCUGUAAAAAUGAUCAGUGCUGCAUCUGUACGGAGUGCACAGUGGAGAAACAUGUAAACCACGAGAUAAUCUCUGUGGCAAGGGCGAAGACUGAAAAGGAGAAUGAACUUCGAGAAACCAAGAUCAAUGUCGACAAGAAAAUUAAGGCAGUGGAGAAUGCUAUUGAGAAACUUCAGAGCAACAUUUCCUGCAUCUUUAAUUCGGUAUCAGAAGUGAAAUCCAAUGUUGAAAAGCAGUUCAAGGACCUCACGGAGGCUGUUCAAGUUGCACAGAGAGAGGUGCUUGGUUUUUUGGACGAAAGUGAACAAAAGUCACUGAAGCAGGCCAGUGGGAUCCGAACUCACCUGGAAAACAAUAGCAUACAGCUGAAUAAGACCAAGCAACAAGUGGAAGCCCUGAUGAAGUUGAAGAAUAGGGUGCAGUUUUUACAGGAAUUUUGUGAAUGGAAGAAAAGCAAACCUGAUGAUAUGCUGCCCAGUGUGUACAUUGGCUUGAUCGACAAACUUGCCGGAAUUAGUGCUGCUGUUUCAGAAUCAACAGAAAACAUUAAACAAUUGCUACAGACCUCCUACAAAGAGAAGUUGAAUGCAUAUUCAAAAGAAGAGCAACUGGGAUUUAAGACAACAGUGGCUGUGAUAUGUGCUUUAAAAUAUGGCCGACGUGAAAAGCAACCAAAGACAAGGAAUGAUUUUCUAAAAUAUGCUGCUACUUUGGCAUUUGACCAGAAUACAGCCCACAGAUAUCUUCGCUUCAUCAAUGACAAUCUCAAGGUCUCCAACACUUCGCCCUGGCUGCAGCAGUAUCCUGAUCACCCUGAGAGGUUCGAACACUGGCGGCAAGUGCUGUGCACAGAGAGUUUUUACAUGGGCCGAUGUUACUGGGAAGUGGAGAUCAGCGGAGAGGGGAGCCAUGUUGGCAUGACUUACAAAAGCAUUGAUAGAAAAGGAGACAAAAGCAGUGGCUGCAUCACAGGCAAUGAUUUCUCCUGGUGUAUCCAGUGGACAGGUAAAGAAUUCUUAGUCUGGCAUGGUGGUGUGGAAAUGCCAGGGAAGGAUGAGAAGUUCAGCAGGAUAGGAGUGUACUUAGAUUAUCAAAACAACAUCCUAUCAUUUUAUGGUGUUAGUGAAACUAUGAACUUGAUACACAAGUUUGAAUCUUCAUUCACAGAACCAUUAUGUCCUGCAUUUUAUCUUGCAAAAAAAGAAGCAUCAGUUUCUCUGCUUUUACUUGAUGUAGAAGCUGCGCAGAAUACAAAAUAGAUAUAAAAUCAAUUUUAGGCUUGUAUUUAAUGGUGCAGUAUUCUCCCCCUUUAGCUCUACACAUUGAGUUCAAUUUCACAUCACACACCAUAAGCUCACAUUCACCUCACCUGUGAGAACAGCAGUAGUUCAAAGAGGAAAUGGUCAGUGAAGUAGAGUAUUGCAGCAGUUAAGUGAUUGAUCUGAAAAUACUAUUUCUUUAAGUACCAUCUCUCUAAAAUCGAUCCCACCUUGAUGAUAAAUAAUUGAAUUACACAAGCAACAGAAGCAGGCCAUGCAACUCCUCAAGCCUCCUCUAUAACAACUCUUAUAUUUAGGGUAUCUUUCACUCAUGUUUCCAGCUUUUCAUUUUCUCAUAUUUGCAAAGUGUCUGCUGUUUUGUCUCUUCAUUUGUUGUGUGAUGAAUAUUUUUCAACAACUGGGCAGCACGGUGGCACAGUGGUUAGCACUGCUGUCUCACAGCGCCUGAGACCCGGGUUCAAUUCCCGACUCAGGCGACUGACUGUGUGGAGUUUGCACGUUCUCCCCGUGCCUGCGUGGGUUUCCUCCGGGUGCUCCGGUUUCCUCCCACAGUCCAAAGAUGUGCAGGUCAGAUGAAUUGGCCAUGCUAAAUUGCCCAUAGUGUUAGGUAAGGGGUAAAUGUAGGGGUAUGGGUGGGUUGCGCUUCGGCGGGUCGGUGUGGACUUGUUGGGCCGAAGGGCCUGUUUCCACACUGUAAGUAAUCUAACCUAAAAAAAAGUAAUCUAAUCUAAAAAAAAACUGCUCCAGUCAACCAGACAUUAUAAAAUGAUAACCAAUUCUUACUAUUAAGGUGUAAAUGACGUUUUUUAAGAAUGAGAGCAAAUAGUAAAAGGACUAAAUUCUGUUCUGCUUCCCAUUUAUUUCUUCUUCCUAUGUUUCACAUGGUUCAGGGUCCAGAAAUUUUUCCUUAAUUUGGGAGUUAAAAUUCUGCUGUGUCCAGAUGGAUAAAGGCAUGGUGUAGUAGUGGUUGGUGAUAACUGUUAAAGUCGGUGAUGACACAUUAGGAUGGUUUUGGUAUACAGAAAUGUGAUCCUCUAUGCAAAUGGAUACAAGGAUCUUCCAGAAUCAGGUUUUGAGGAGACUUGAGUUUUGGGCACUUAGCUCACAGCCUACUAUGCUGUUUGUUGUAUUCUGUUCUGAUGUUAAAAGUAGACUGAGACAAGACUUCAGGAAUAAGUAAUUAAACCUCUCAAAAACCAGAGGAGUUUGGUCAUGUGACAUUGUCCAUGCCUAUGACAAUUAGUUUAAUUAGGCAAAUUUCUACGCCUCUUCUUAAAGCCCAUCAUUCACUCCAGGGAUUAGCUAUGGCCAUUAGCAUCGCUGCAGGCAUAAUGCCUAGUUAUUACAAACCAAAUUAUCUUUGCUAAGAAAUGACAUGCUUUGGAAUAAUUCUAGGCAGAAUGGGCAAAUCACCAAUUCUACAACUAGUCUGAUGAUUUGAAAUUGUUUUGUUCUAAAACGAUGGAGUAAACCAUCAACAGACAUGUUUGCUUACCUGCACCUACAUGUGAAUUUCUUGACACUGAAACAAAUUACAGAUUUUGCUAAAUGACAUUUUAGUGAGUUUUGAGAAGGUUUGUAGCUCAGGUUGAGAUUCUGGAUAUAGGUUUGCUCGCUGAGCUGGAAGGUUCAUUUCCAGACGUUUCGUCACCCUACAAGGUAAAAUCUUCAGUGGGCCUCAGGUGAAGCACUGUACAUGAUUCCUGCUUUCUAUUUAUAUGUUUGGGUAUUUUUGGGUUGGUGUUGUCAACUCGGCACUGCCCUCCUGACCUGUCCAUCGUCUUUCCCAUCUAUCCACUCCACCCUCCUCUCCAACUUAUCACCCUCACCCCCACCUUCGUCUACCUAUCACAUCCCCAGCUACCAUCCCCCCCCCACCUAUCCCCCUCCCAUUUAUCUCUCUUAGCUCCCCCCCACCCCCCAGCCCACAAGCCUCAUUCCUGAUGAAGGGCUUAUGCUCAAAACAUUGAUUCUCCUGCUUCUCGGAUGCUGCCUGACCUGCUGUGGUUUUGAAGCACCACGCACUCAACUCUGAAUGCUGGAUCUAAAGUUUGAGUGCACAGUUGUGCUAUGUAACUUGCUUCAGUGUACCUGUGUAAAAUGAAAUUAAACCAAAUGACUUACUUAUGUGCUGAUACAUUAACAUGCUUGAUCCCACAUUCCCCUUGUUUCUUUUCUUUUAAUUGAGGUAAGAACCUACCUGAAAUAAGCAGUUGCUAACCGUUCCUUUUUUAAGGCUCAUU